ACGUGGCAGUACCUGAUUGGAUCCAUGUAACCACGAGGCCAGUUACAACUUCCACUUGGAGAAAACAGAUGAAAAUCUGUUUGAUUGUCUGUGUCAAAAAGACUUGUUCUUCAAUUCUAGUUGUCAAUAGUUAUUACAUCACCCUUUUUAAUACUAGGUGAAGAAGGUUUUAUAAGUCAUUCUCUUCUCUGUCUGUCAUAGGAACUCAAUAGAAGGGUUUCAGAAAUUCUCUCAAACAUACUGGAAUCACUACAGUAUUCUCUCAUGGAAAAAGAUAUUCAACCAGAAACAGGUUUGUUUUCUGAAUUUUCAGUAUACUUGGAGAGAAUAAUUCAAGUACUCAACGAUUUGAAGGAUAAUAACAACAUCAACGACACGAUUCCAGUUUGUAAAAUAGUAGAAUUGCUUGGGAAAGAGCUUGAAAAGUCUUUCACCUUACUUGAUAAUUCAAAUGAAAUCACUUCGACGACAGCGAAACAGAUUGAAGAACAAACUCAUAAUCUUGGUAGCUGUUUAGGCCUACUUCUUUUGACAAUUCGUCAUGUAGGGACUGAGAUUAGAGAAGAAAUUGGGGUUUUACAUAUGGAAAUGAUGAAUGUUAGGUUCGAAGAAGUUAGUAUUGAGAAUGAAUUGGAAGAGGAGGAGGUAAAGGAAGAAGCUCAGAAUAAGGAUGAUAAAAUUGAGAAAAUCAUUUUUGAUUUUGAUGAUGUUGUAAUUCAGAUUAAAUACGGUAACGACGAGGAACUGAAAUUCGCCUUGUUAGCUUUUAGUACACUUGUUGAAAACAGAAUGAUUGGUAAUGAGUGGAUUGUUGAUCAAGGAGUUGUUCCUCUUUUAGUAAAGCGAUUAGGGUCUGCUAAGCAAGAUAAUAGAUUAAGUAUACUUUUAUUGCUUAGAAGCUUGGCGGUUGAGAAUGGCGUUAACAAGGAGAAGAUGGCCGAUGUCGAGUCUUUAACGAAUCUAGUAAAAUCUCUUGCACGAAAUGUUGAGGAGAGUAGAGAAGCUGUAGGACUACUGCUUCAUCUUUCAGAAAUUGUUGAAGUUCGUCGACGAAUAGGAAGAAUCAAAGGGUGUAUAAUUAUGUUAGUAGCACUACUUAAUGGCGAAAACCAAGUUGCUUCGUGUGAUGCAGGGAAGUUACUGAAUGCUCUGUCUAGCAAUACCCAAGAUGUUCUUCAUAUGGCCGAGGCUGGUUAUUUCAGACCCUUGGUUCAUCACCUUAAAGAAGGCUCUGACAUGAGUAAGAUUCUAAUGGCCACUGCACUAUCAAGAAUGGUGCUUACAGACCAAAGCAGAGCUUCCCUCGGAAAAGAAGGAUCAAUUGCUUAUCUUGUGAAAAUGUUUAGUUCAGGGAAACUUGAAGCAAAGGUGUCGGCUUUGGGUGCAUUACAAAAUCUAUCUACUUUGGCUGAGAAUGUUCGACGUCUGGUUCGGUCAGGCAUUGUACCAACUCUUCUAAACCUACUUUUCUCAGUGACUUCUGUUCUCAUGAGUCUUCGUGAACCAGCAUCGGCUAUUCUUGCAAGAAUCUCCCAAUCAGAAUCAAUUCUCAUUAACCUCGACGUGGCUCAACAGAUGCUUUCUCUUCUAACUUUAUCACAAUCAAUGGUUCAAUAUCAUCUCUUGUGUUCACUAAAUAGCAUUGCCAGCCAUUCUACUGCAUCCGAAGUGAGGGAUCAACUGAAAGAAAAUGGUGCUAUUCAGCUUCUUCUACCCUUCCUAACUGAAAACAAGACCGAAAUCAGAAUGGGAUCCUUGAAUUUGCUUUACAAUCUUACUAAAGAUCCGCCAGAUGAUUUAACAGAACAACUUGGAGAAAACUACAUCAAAAUCAUAGUAAAUAUUACUUCGAUAUCAACCUCUGAAAGUGAAAGAGCUGCUGCAUUUGGCGUAUUGAGUAAUUUCCCGGUCCCCGACAAAAAGGCAACAGAUAUACUCAAGAAGGCGCAUAUUCUUCCCAUUAUGAUCUCCUUUCUAAACAUACAUACCAAAACUUCAGCCCCCAUGAACAAGUGGUUACUGGAGAGUAUGGCAGGUAUACUAAUAAGGUUCACAGUUCCUUCAGAUAAGAAAUUGCAACAACUUUCUGCUAAUGAAGGGAUCAUUCCUUGGCUUGUGAUGUUACUAUCAAUCGGGUCUCCCAUUGCUAAAUCCAAGGCAGCAACUUCAUUAGCUCAGCUUUCACAAAAUUCAUUAACACUGAGCAAGUCCAAAAGUCCAAAGUGGUCGUGUGUUCCUCCUCCUAGUGAAUUUUGUCAAAUUCAUGACGGAUAUUGCUGUGUUAAAACUUCGUUUUGUUUGGUCAAGUCUGGUGCAAUUUCUCCAUUGGUUCGCAUAUUGGAAGGCAAGGAGAGAGAUGCAGAUGAGGCUGUUCUUAGUGCUCUUGCGACGAUGAUGCAAGAUGAAAUAUGGGUAAAGGGAAGUGACGAAAUAGCUAAAGCAUCAGGUGUUGAAGCUCUUAUAAGAGUUCUUGAAAUAGGUACUAUAAAAGCUCAAGAGAAAUCUGUCUGGAUGUUGGAGAGAAUUUUUAGAGUUGCAGCUCAUAGAGUUAAGUAUGGGGAACUUGCUCGUGCGAUUCUUAUCGAUCUUGCACAAAAUGUAACUCCAAAGUUAAAAUCAAAACUAGCUAAGAUAUUGGGACAUCUUGAGUUAUUGCAAAUGCAAUCAAGCUACUUCUGAGCUCCCAAACUUUUUAUUCUCAUGGUUUAGCCAGCUAUAGAGUGAAGUAUAUCAUGUGGAAUGCCAAUAUUUGAUCAACUGGCUCCGUAGCUAAACAUAGAACUUAGCUGUGUUGCUGGUUGAAUUUACAGGAGAUCCCAAAAAGAA